AUGCAAGCACCUAUAAUACUGAAAAGGGCUUUUUCGGGCUCCUCACUGGUCGGUAAAGCGGCAUGCUCUUUGAUUAAGCCUGUGCAUCAUUUAGUAAAGAUCGAUAAAUCGAAGCUUUCGCCUAGAUUUGAGGAAUUGAAAUAUGCCAAGAAUGACAUAAGGUCUCCUGGUUUUGUCCCUGUAAGCACUCAUCCAGAUAGGCUCCGUGAACACUAUUUUAACACAGUGCAACCUGAUUUGUUGUUAAUGAACUACUCACAUACAUUCAAGCGGCAAGAGGGUCUAAAGAAUAGAUCUUGGGAUGGCUCAUCUCCGUAUCACAUAAAUAGAGCACCCAAAAAUCCGGUAGGUUCGAAGUCACAGAAGCCGGAUUUGCAUCCGAUCAAGUGGCACAACAUACCAGAAAUUGAAAGUGUUGUGCUGAAUUGCUACGUGAACGAAGCAAAAGAAAAUCAAUUGCUUGCCAUUUCUGCAGCAUUGCAGCUGCAGCAAAUUACUGGCUGUAAGCCAAAAACUUUGUACUCAAAAAGUGAUGUUCCAUCAUGGAAAGUGAGAAGAGGUCAUCAAAUGGGAGCGAAAAUUGUAUUGAAGGGUCGUCCGAUGUCUCAAUUUUUCUCUACAUUGACUGAGAUCGUGAUGCCAAGAAUAAGAGAAUAUAAGGGUAUCAGUACUAGAUCUGGAAAUGGUUUUGGAAGUAUAUCAUUUGGGUUAACUUCAGAGGAUGUAAGAUUUUUUCCUGAGAUUGACGCAAAUCAAGAUUUAUGGCCAAAAACCUUUGGUAUGCAUGUAAAUAUCAAUACUUCAUCUCAAACUGAUUCACAAGCUAGAACUUUGAUAAGUAGUUUCCAGAUUCCCUUCAGUGGCAUCGAGAAGAAUUAA